AUGAUGCUGAUUACGAAGAUUAAACUGGACAAUCAGAAGAUCGUCGCCUACAAGGGUGUUAACUUUAGCAACAACCCGUUCCCGAAGCUCACUGACAAUGUGUUCCCUGAUACAGCCACCAAACACGCGGUGCUGUGCUGCAAUGCGCGAUACUUACCCCUAGCAAAUAUGCAUCUGUUGCUCAAAAAGCUCAUCAAGACCAAACAUGUUGACAUCCACGAAGUCAUGGUAAAGAUCAAGACAGCAUCACGGACCGUUCUUGUCCUCGCAAAUGACGGUACAGAUAGCGAGAAUUGGCCUGAGCACAAUAUUUCACUGUUACGAAUUACCGCCAAUGGGAGCCGAAAGCAAUGGUACAUCAACCUAUCCGGUGCUGAGCUCGGGCUCACGCAAGCAUUCUUUACCGCCGCCGACUUCGAAUCCAAGCACAUGCAGUCGCUUUGUGCAGUCUUCGAGUUCGGGAAAUGUAGAGAAUACAUCUGGACUUGCUCAACUAUGCCAGGCUGGUUUGCGCACACAGAGCGCAUCGGCCUUCAGGCCUCAUCACGAAUGGAAACAGCACUACUGACCUUCUUGCAGCAGCCUGGGAAUGACUUGAGCAAUCUUCGUAAGAGGAGCAUCGCAGGCUCGACGAGCUGGACACAACCGUUGGUUGAGGCUUUGUCUCAGGCUCUUCAUGGGUACAUCUCCAACUACAAUGUCGGUGGACUCAUGUCUCAGAUUAUCCAUGAGCCCGUGAGUCUGACGCAAGAAAUGACGAGGAGGCAUUUUGAUCACGCUAGCAUUCUUGGCGAUGCUAUGACGGACGAGGAGAAAGCGAACCGCCCUAACGUAGCUUUGGAUCUGGCGAGUUCAGAGAUCUCAUCGCGCCAUUACUGUGGCAAGGCCUGCCAGGUGAAGGAUUGGCCGACUCACAAGAAAGCAUGCAAAGACGUCCAGAACGCGAACCUCGAGAAGAAGCUUGCGCGUGUAGCCGAGAUCGUUCAGCAGGCCUACUACGACUUCCGCGAGAACACCUGGGUUCAACCUGUGAUCAAGAUCCACGAUCGCAACGACGCUCUAGUCAUUUACGACGAGUCCAAGAGCGAGAAGAAGAAGUUCUUCGUCGACUUCCCGCAUCAUCUUGUCACAAAUGUUCGUUCUAAGAAGGCACUGCUUUGCGCAUGGUCAUGCAAUGAACCGACGGCUUUGUUACAUGAUACUCUUGUUGGUCUGCUCCAAGGACUGAACAUCAAGGUCGAAGAGCUUCUCGUCACGCUAGGCACUGUUCCACGAAAGAUCAUCUUCUACGAUAGACUUGGCAAAAUUGACAACCUGACCUGGCCCUAUUGCGACCACAAGAUCAUCCGCGUUACCGCGACAAAGACUAAGAAGCAGUGGAUCAUGGACAUCACCGGCGCUCAAUUUGGGAUCUAUCAAACCUUCUGGAGUUGGGAAGAAUAUACAAACAAGUAUUCUACGAAGACGCACGACGUGGAACCUAUCGGCGAGAACAAAGCCAUGUUCGAGAGGCUUGCCAAGAACCCCGGUAAUCCAGGCCUGGAACACAGACUGAUGAGAAUGGUAGCAGACCAUCUUGACGAAGUCGUGCGCGGGUGGAAAGCUGAAAGCGGCUUGUCACUGGCGGCUCUCCUUGACCUCAACAAAGAGACCUAUGAGCAGGCUAGUUCAAAGCUACUGGAAACUAUGAACGUCGCGAUCCGCGCCCACGUCAAGACUCAUGACUACAGAGUGGAGUUCCAGGCUGCCCAAGCUUACGAACGCGAGCAUCACGGUGAAGGCUACAGGGUCGACCUCUAA